GGUCCAUAAUUCAAGAAAAUUACGCAGGACCACCUUACAUGACUGAAUUCGAUUCUUCGACCGGGUACAAAUUAUAUCACAUAGCCAUGCUUUUCGCUUCUGUUCUGAUUAACUACCAUCCCUUACAAGUAUUCGAAAAAAAAGCUUAG